GUGAAAUACAGGAAGUAAAAUGGCGGUGGCGAUGAGAAGUUUACGAGCAGGCCGAUUUAGAGGUCGGCGAGAAAGUCGUGAAGAAUGCCUGCAACUUGAUUUUAGUAGAGAGAAAACAGACCUCACUCGAGAAAUUCUACUUAAUGUUUCUAAAAGCAAAGAUAUUCCAACAGCAAAGAUCCUCGGCUACCUCAAUGGGUUUGUGAAACUCUGGUCCAAGUUUGGACCUGAAGCAGAUUAUGGGUACAGCCUCCAAGAACUGCUUUGCUGUAUCAGGCUGGCCCUGCUUCAUGAAGCUAAAGAGGUGAGGGCUGCUGGCCUGAGGGUGUUGAGAUAUAUGUUGAGGCACCCUGAUACCAUGGAUAUCAUUCUUCACCUCCACAUUGACUACUUCAUCGCUAGAGCACUGGAUAUUUGCUUGGACAAUGAACUAGAGCGCAGCCAUGCACUCCGUCUGAUGAGGAAGAUUGUAGACACUUGCCCCGCCAAAUUUCCCACCUCCCUGCUCAAUGUCCUAGUGUCAAUAGGUAACAAUGGAGCUAAAGAAAGUGAUAGGAUGCUCAGGGUUUGUCUAGCUACUAUAGCUGAACUAGCUGUGCGUAAUCCUACUGUGGCAGCUAAAUGUGGUGCUGUGAAAACAUUGCUACGUAAUGUACUUGACCAUCACUUACACCCAAGAAUCUGUGAGGCAUUACUUAUGUCUGUAAUGUACCUUCUAAACCAUCCCAGUCACAGGCACUUUGUCAAACUUGAUGUAGAUUUAGAGCAAUUAUUGGCUCCACUGACAGACUGCCACUACAGAUUCAGUGCAGAGCUAUCAGAGUAUUCCAAAGGCGAAGAUCGAGAAUCCAGGUUCCAGGCAUGUCGUUUAGCGCUAGUUACCAUUAUUAGAUCCUGGCCAGGCAUGAUCCGUCUUUGUCGUCCAGAUGCCUCAGGAAUACAGUCAUUACUGGGAACCCUCUAUCUCAAUGACCCUGAUAUCAAAAAAAAUGUUCUGGAGCUAGUAUUUUCUUUGUUUUAUAUCAAAGUGCCAACAUGGACUACAAAUUUUGAUGGGGCUUUAGCCAGCUCAGAUCCAUCUCAGAUGCAGAAUAGCUGGAAGUUGAUGGAAGGUUUUGUGGCGGAAGAGGGAAAAUGUUUAUUGCCUCAUACUUCUGCUGUACGAUCCAAUCUUCUAGAGAACCACCUUGCUCUUCUGCUCAAUGCUUUCAUACAUGCUGGCCUGUUGGAGGGUCUUGUUGAAGUAGUGGUGUCCCAGGAUCAACACCUUGCUGUCAGGGCAACCAUUCUGCUCGGUGAACUUCUUUAUCUUGCUAAUUCAGUGAUUCCUCAUGAGUGCAGUCAACACAGCCACUGUCUCCCAACUUUGGUUGCAGUGGCAAGUUCCUUCCAGGUCACAUCUCAACUUAGACAACAAGCUAGCAUGGCUAUUAACCAGUUAAGUCAGAUUCAUGCCCUCAAGAAGCGGGGUACCGUUCCAGCAAGUCUUUAUCUCGAUCAAAUUCUACAACAGUCAAGAGCAGCUGCCCCAAAGGAGAAAAACAGGCCACUUAAACUUACACAAUUUAACCUUUUGCAGUGCAUUUCAAAGGAAAAUGAUGACCUAGUCAGCCAGGCAAUCAAAGAUAGCAAGAUCCUCUCUAGUCAAGAUUGGUACAAGUGGGACAUACAACUUAUCAGCUCUAUACUUUCUUGGCCAGAUGAUAACCUAAAGAAAUUAGAUGACCAGAUUAGUAUAAGAUUUGUGCAGCGGUUAACACAAUUUUUAAAACCUAGCAGUAGACAAUACGCCUCUAUAGAACAGUCACAUAAGGAUGCCAAGCUAUUCUCGGUCGCAGGGUGCCAUUUUGUUGACUUUCUUCUUAGCUGUGAAGAGACGGAGGCUCAAACAUAUAUCAACGAAUUGUUUUUAGAUAUAGCUAGCUGUCUUUCAGAGAUUCGCUCAGAGCGUGCUCCACUAGAUGCUCUCCUCUCCCCCUCUAAUGUGAUCAACACAUUGUGCCAAGAUUAUUUCCUUCUCAUGGGAAGAUUCACUUUCUCAGCUAAAGGAGAGGAGAUAUUACAGAAAACAGGCUUGAUUCAAUAUUUAUUAGACCUAGUCACCAUUACCACACAUGAUACAUAUGUGAAACUGAUAGUCUCGAGCUUAGAUUACUCCAGAGAUGGGAUCACUAGAAUAAUACUCUCCAAGGCACUGACGGCUACUUCUGAGAACGCAAGAUUGUACACAGCAAGCUUUUUACGCGUUCUACUCCGAGCCAAUGUGCCUUUCCUAAGCAGCUGGGGAAUGGAGCUGUUGGUUACUCAGCUAUAUGACCAGUCCAAGAUGGUGGCUCUAGAAGCCAUCAGUGUCUUGGAUGAGGCCUGUGAGAAUGAGGCCAAUCUUGCAUCACUGGUCCAGAUGCGUCCUUCCAUGCUUCACCUGGGAGACAAAGGGGCACUCCUUCUGUGUCGAUUCCUCUCUAUUCCCUCUGGAUUCAAGUUCCUUAGAGAUGCCAACUACAUCAACAACGAACUUGAUAAAUGGCACGAGAGUUUCAAUACAAAGUAUGUGAAGAUUGUUGAAGAGAAAUUGAAUGAAGCAUUCACAACAUAUGAGCGUGCCUCAGAUGGUUCAUAUACCCGUGUCUCGGGCAAACAAAUAGGUGGCAGGGCAGUAUAUGUUCCCGUCCAUCUCUAUGGGCAGCUCAUUCAACAUAAAGAGGGUGCUCAACUUCUAGAGAAACAAUCAUAUUUAUCGGGCUAUUUCCAAUGUGUCCGAUUUCAAAUGUUAGCUACCGAUGAUGACAUUCUUAAAUUGAAAACUGCAUUAUGGGUAACGGGACACAUCGGGACGUCAUCUUGGGGUAUCUCACUACUUGAGGAGGAAAGUGUAAUCACAGACAUCAUCAAGCUAGCGGAAGAGUGUGGUGUUUUCUCUAUAAGAGGGACUGCGUAUUAUGUGCUUGGCUUGAUUGGCUCCACUUCUCCUGGUGCUGACAAAUUACAGGAGUAUGGUUGGGAGUCUGUACGCCAUAGCCAUUGCAGCCCCUGGCCCAUAGCAGAUGAAGAGGAUUAUUUCGAUGAAGUCCUCAGCGAAUUCCCAUCCAAUGCAAGUUCAAUUAAUCUCUCAUGCAGUAGUAUACCCUCAAUAUUUGACCCUGAUAUUCGUUUACGCUCAAGUAGUAUGCGAUCAUCCGCUCCUACCAGUCCAUGUAGUAAGCCGCCAGUGUUCAGUUUUGAAGCUGAUGGCGAAUCCUUGAGAGAUCGAUCUGACUCGACCACGCUAUCGAGUAGUUUACCUCCACAGCCAAGCAUAAUCACUGAGGAUUCAGAAACAAGGGAAACAAAUCAUUUAACUCCUAGUCAGAAAUCAGCCACAUUGCCAGUGACUAAACGUGAUAAAAGUGACUUGAAAGCUGGCUUACAAGUGCUUUAUGAAAGCACUGAUGUCUUGAAUGGGGAUGAAGAACCAGCUUCAGAUGAACUACCAGUUGUAAUGAGAAGCCCUCAUAAACAUUCCUCUCAUGGUGUGAAAUCUAGAAGUGCAAAUAUUAAUUGUGAAAGCAGGCCAGUGGGCGGGACCCCUGAGCUGAAAAGGAGGGGUGGUAGCUACAGAGAUGAGCGGAGCAAUAGUGAUGAAAGCUCCAAAUCUAAAAGUCGAUCAGACACUGAUAACAGCACGACCAGUGGAGUGAGUUCUUACGACUCAGGACGUGAAUCAAAGAUGUGUAUAGAAGCAUCAGAGCUGACACCUAUACCUAGUCUAACUUCAAUAAAUACCAAUGAGAAAUAUUCCGUAGAUUCUGAACCGAUUCAUCCAUCAGAGCCAAUCAGGAGGCUGGCCAAUUUAAGACGAGUUCCUAGUCUUAGGCGGCGUUUUUCAAACCCAGGAAUCAAUCUAUCCAGCCCUUUAAAAACACAGGAAGGUAAGCCCAUAAUACGUGCAGAUACCUUCUCAUACACCAGUACAUUGGAUGCUCAGGGAUAUGCUACAUUAAAAACAUUACGUCACAGACAACGAACUAGAAGCACAAAUGAGGAUCCAGACUUAGACAUUCCAUAUGAUGACUUAGACAAUGCAAUGAAGAAAACACGGAGUUUAGACUUCAGGAACAAAAACUUGAGCUAUAUCUCACUACACGACAGUAUGCUUCAAGACCCAUUAGAUCUCCAGGGUCCUGCUAGUCCAGGGGGAUAUACCAUAGUUAGCAAUCUCCCCAAGACAGGGAAGAAGUCAUCAGGAGUUGCAGAGUAUGUUGGCUUAGCAUUACCAGUUGACAUCAUGAUGAUAUUCCAGGUAACAGAAGGUGAAGACCCCAGGUGUCCUGCAGUAGCUGUAGAUAAAGAGGAAACUAAUGUUGACCCAACCACACCAAAAUCAGCAUCAGCUACAGAUGGAGGAGUAGGGUUCUUCAGACGUAGUGCAUCUCAGGUGGAUGAUGGCCUUGAAUACCACAAUGAUAAGACAUGUAUAGGCUGUUCCAAAGGUGUCAAGAAGGUAGUCACAGAUACCUCAGUGAGCCUUGUUGAAAUCAUGGAAGAGCCAUUUAUCGGUAUGGAAUAUGAAGGACAGCGGUCUAGAGCAGGCAGUAGGGCAGGCAGCAGAGGAGGUAGCAGAGGAGGUAGUCCAUAUACCAGCAAACCUAGGUCUGACAGCGGUGAUAUAACCAGCAGUUACACUAGUAACACAAGUAUAGAUUCUAAUACCAAACAGAUGACUGAGGAUAGCUUUGGUGGUCGUGUUCUGAUCAGAAAAGAGAUUCUCAGGCUCAUUAUCAUUCUGAGUAGCUCAGUAGGGACAAAGAGCUCUGAGCAGGGACUAUUAUCAUUAAAGCAGAAAUUCCCCAAGUCAUUCCAGGAUGUGUGCCUCUACUCUGAGGUGUGCUACAUACUGGCCAACUACAUCUACAGGCUCAAUGCAAGGAGAUUCAUUCAAGAACUCUUUCAGGAUAUCCCAAUGGAUGAGCUUUUUGAGGAAGCUUCAACUAUGUUACAGAAAGUCAACACAAACAACCCUAAUUCAACAUCCACAGCAUAAUUAGACAAUUAACAGAAGCAAUAGUAACUACAAAAACUUCACAUUGUAUGAAACUGCAGGCUCA